AAUCGCUAUAAUUCAAGAGGUAACAAACAUCCUAAAAGUUACUAGUGUCUUGGAGUCACAAAGAUGGUUAUAAACUUCCUAAAAUGUCUUUAUAUACUAGCAAGGCUACAAUAUUAUAUUUCUCAUCAUGCACAAACAUAGAAUAUUAAAAAAUGGAACUAGUUUACCCGCCAGAAUUAUUUCGAGCCACAGAACCAAUUGAUCUCGAGAAAUAUUUUACAGAAUUCAAAAAGGAAUGCCCACGUCUGCAAGAUACCGCCAAUGCAUUUCUAGAAGAGAACAGGUUGAAUUUGCGAACCGAAAUACUGGUAGAUGAUUUUAAAUUACCUUUAUCAGUAGAUGAUGUUAAGGAACUUGAGUCUCUUUGCUCAGUAGAUAAGCUUACUGUGGCUAGUGAAAAUCCAAAAUUACCCCUUACGAACAUUGACAAAUCAGUUCCGGAAACUCAUCCUAUUACUGAUGCAGUAAGGCACCUAAGUACAGUGAGACUUAAGGAAAAGUUUAGUAAAACACUUGGUUUAAGAUUGCUAGAGAGUACACGCUCUUUUAAAAGUGAGAAAAACCCUACAGACAUUAAACCAGGUUCAACAUUCAUUAUCAAAACUUUGAUGCAUGUUCCAUUUGUCGCUAGUAACGCAAUGAGACAGGGUAAAAUAACAAACGACCAUAUUAGGGUCCAAUACGACUUGGAAUUGUUAGCCACGAAUACACUAUUAGAUUUAGCCAAUGCGAUAAAAUGUCCGUCAGAUUCGUUGAUUUGCAAGGAAGUCGAGAGCAUCGAUGUGGAUUUCCCCGAUUUUAAAAGCGCCAAGGAUGAAUAUCCUUCCAGGUUUUUCUUUAUAGAGGGUGUCUUUUACAAUGACAUGACCCAUCGAAAUUCAAUUGACCUCUCGGAGGUCGUGAGAGAUUGGGCGAGCAAAAAGAAUAUUGGUCAAUUUAAAACUGAUACAAUGAACGUUAGACUCAGUCAAUUAAAACCACGUUUUGGGUAUGUGUAUGUUUACGUACAUCAGGCCAACUGUGAGCACAUACUGACAUUCUCGGAUGUCAGACUCGCACAGUACAGCGACGAUUUGGAUUCCAAAAAUUAUCCCAAACUAAUUAAACACAAGAUGAAUCACCAGACGUUUUGCUUCAUGUGUAACUGCCAGUACGGUUUUUGGUUGGUAGCGAACAGCGAUCGAUUAACCCAAGAGAAAACGUUGCUCUGUCAGCGGUGUUGUCAGUCUUACAUGUUUUUAGAUGGUAAAAAAUUGGGAGAUUUCCAGCUUUAUCCGUAUUACACCGAAGCUAUUGCGGGCGUUAUCGAUGGAAACGAAGAAAAACUACGAGAACCGAACGAAGAGUCUGAGGAGGCCGAAGAUGUGUUUAACGAGUGGGGCUAUUUAUCAAGCUAAAAUAGUUUUCAAUGUCGUUUUGGAAGAAUUGUAAAUAAACACUUACGUAACA